UUAAAAUUGAAUAAUACGAAUCAACCUGAUACUAGCGCGGCCCGCUACUACCAAUAUAAAUAGAAAUUAGUCGCGACCGGCAGCAUUCAGUUGUGUCCACGUCGUCGAGCAGUCGGGUCAGUUGAACGCAGUUUGCAGUUAAUCAAGUACUUUUUUCGCGAGAUGGCAUCCAAAGUACCACGAGUGAAGCUGAGCAAUGGCCAGUCCAUCCCGAUUUUGGGCCUCGGAACGUGGGGCUCUCCGCCCGGUGAGGUUGCCCAGGCCGUGAAGGAUGCCAUCGAUAUCGGGUACCGUCACAUCGAUUGUGCCCACGUGUACCAGAAUGAGCACGAAGUAGGCGAGGGUGUGAACGCCAAGAUCAAGGAGGGUGUCGUCAAGCGCGAGGACAUCUUCGUGACCAGCAAGUUGUGGAACACCUUCCACCGGCCGGAUUUGGUCGAGGGAGCGUGCCGAGCCACGCUGAAGAAUCUGGGUCUGGACUACUUGGAUUUGUACCUGAUCCACUGGCCAAUGGCCUACAAGGAGGGCGAUGCACUGUUCCCAACCGACGAGAACGGCAAGACGGCCUACUCGGAUGUUGAUUUUGUCGACACGUGGAAGGCCAUGGAGAAGCUCGUUGGGCUGGGCCUCACCAAGGGAGUUGGAAUUUCCAACUUCAACUCGAAGCAGGUCGAGCGCGUUCUGCAGGUUGCCAAGAUCAAGCCGGUCGUAAACCAGAUCGAGUGCCAUCCGUACCUGGCCCAGGUCAAACUGUCACCGUUCUGUGCCCAGCGAGGACUCGUCGUUACGGCUUACAGCCCGCUCGGAUCGCCGAACCGCCCCUGGGCCAAGCCCGACGACCCUCAGCUGAUGGAAGAUCCCAAGAUCGUGAGCAUCGCGAAAAAGUACAAAAAGACCCCGGCCCAGAUCCUGAUCCGCUACCAAAUCCAGCGUGGCCAUGUGGUCAUCCCCAAGUCGGUCAACAAGGCGCGCAUCCAGUCCAACUUUGAGGUGUUUGACUUUGAGCUGACCGAGGACGACAUCAAGCUGAUCACGACCUUCGACUGCAACGGUCGGCUGGUGCCGAUCACAAGUGCUGCCGGUCAUCCCCACCAUCCGUUCGAGAGCGAGGAGUUUUAAAGUGUGCUGUUGAAGCGUGGAGAAUCAUACUGUGAAGUGUAGGAACUUUUCCGUUGAGCUGAAAAUUGCUUCUCACUACACUGCUUAAAGCAUGUUUGUUCGUACACACCCUUAUUUUAUUUGCAUUUGAAAGUUUUGUAAACAUUACAUUGUCAUUCGGAGAUAAGAGAGCUUGAAAUAAAUUUAUUGCAAAAAAU